CCGCCUCGACCCGCGGGCAGCAGGUGGCUGUGCUGAGGGAAGGCGGUGGCUGCAGACGAGUAGCGGGGCGGGAGCGUCUGGUGGUGCGGGACUCCGUGCUCACCGCUCCUGACGGCAGCGGCGAGGAGCGCGCCACCAAGUCUUGAAGAGGCAGAGGCUUGGGAGCACUGGCAGCCUUGUAAGAGACAUCGUGAAAUAUUACAAGAUUAAACAGCUGAAGUAGAGCUCCAGGAAGCCCAUCGGAAUCCAGGUCCACCAGUGCUCCUCAGCUGCGUGUGCCACACCACCGCCUCUCCUAUGUGCUGCUGCUCUGCGUUCGCUCCAGCAGAACUGCUCUUACUGUCAGGUGGUAAAGGAUUGAAAGAGAACUGACGGAGCUGGAAUGGAGAAGGAAUUAUUUUCAAACAAAAGAUCAGACUGAUGAUAGCCAUCUCCUUUACUCUGAACAAAUUCUGAUUCCACUGUUCUGGCCUUAUACACCAAAGAAGAGGAAGUGUGCAACGGGGCAGCUUUGACAAGGAUAUUAAUGUUGUUGUCAAUGAUUGUUUAUAAAAUAAAAGCAAAGACAAAGCUCCCGUGAAGUUGGAAUUACAGCACCAUCUGUAGCACGCUGUGCACCAGUACCAUGCACUGCUCUGCCAUGCUGAGUGACACAGUAGAAGCAACUGUGGACAACACUUGUUGCUGUUAGAAGAUGGAGAACAACGUAACUACUAUCUCUCGUGAAGAGCUUGAAGAACUAAGAGAAGCAUUCAAUAAGAUAGAUAUCGACAACAGUGGAUAUGUGAGUGACUAUGAGCUUCAAGACCUGUUUAAAGAAGCAAGCCUACCUUUGCCUGGUUACAAAGUUCGGGAGAUCAUAGAAAAGAUUUUUGCAGUAACAGAUGGCAACAAAGAUGGGAAAAUAAACUUUGAAGAAUUUGUCUCUUUAAUUCAGGAAUUGAAAAGUAAAGAUGUUAGCAAGUCUUACAGAAAGUCAAUAAACAAGAAGGUGGGUAUUACAGCACUUGGAGGAACAUCAGCAAUAUCUACUGAGGGGACACAGCAUUCUUAUUCAGAGGAAGAAAAAGUUGCUUUUGUUAAUUGGAUAAAUAAAGCUCUACAAGAUGACCCAGACUGUAAGCACAUUCUCCCCAUGAAUCCAUCAGAUGCUAGCCUUUUUAAAUCCCUUGCAGAUGGCAUUCUUCUUUGCAAAAUGAUUAACUUUUCACAACCAGAUACAAUUGAUGAAAGGGCUAUUAAUAAGAAGAAACUAACUCCUUUCACUAUUUCUGAAAACUUAAACCUCGCUCUGAACUCAGCAUCUGCAAUUGGCUGUACAGUGGUCAAUAUUGGAUCACAAGAUUUGCAAGAAGGAAAACCACACUUGGUAUUGGGUCUGUUGUGGCAGAUAAUUAAAGUUGGUCUUUUUGCUGAUAUUGAGAUCUCUAGAAAUGAAGCUCUCAUCGCUUUGCUAAAUGAAGGGGAAGAACUGGAUCAGUUAAUGAAGCUUUCCCCAGAAGAGCUCUUGUUACGAUGGGUGAACUACCAUCUGACCAAUGCAGGGUGGCAGAAAAUCAGUAACUUCAGUCAAGACAUUAGGGAUUCCAGAGCGUACUACCAUCUGUUAAAUCAGAUUGCACCCAAAGGAGGUGACGCUGAUGAAAUGCAUGUUAAAAUUGACUUUUCAGGGUUUAAUGAUAAGAAUGACUUGAGGAGGGCUGAAUACAUGCUCCAACAGGCAGACAAAUUGGGCUGCAGGCAGUUUGUAACUCCAGCUGAUGUGGUUGCAGGCAACCCUAAACUCAAUUUGGCUUUCGUUGCAAAUCUCUUUAACACAUAUCCAGCCCUACACAAGCCUGACAAUUCAUCUUAUGAUCUCACUUUAUUAGAAGGAGAAAGUAAUGAAGAAAGAACAUUCAGAAACUGGAUGAAUUCACUGGGUGUAAGCCCAUAUGUUAAUCACUUAUACAGUGACCUCUCUGAUGCUUUAAUAAUCUUCCAACUGUAUGAAAUGACUCGUGUGCCAGUUGAUUGGACUCAUGUCAACAAACGUCCUUAUCCUCUACUUGGUGGUAAUAUGAAAAAGAUUGAGAAUUGCAAUUAUGCAGUAGAACUUGGGAAGACAAAAGCAAAAUUCUCUCUGGUUGGUAUUGCUGGACAUGAUCUAAAUGAGGGCAAUCCAACUUUGACUUUGGCUUUGAUAUGGCAGCUGAUGAGAAGGUAUACUUUGAAUGUGCUGUCAGACCUUGGAGAGGGUGAAAAAGUUAAUGAUGAAAUUAUUAUUAAGUGGGUGAAUCAGACACUUGCAAAUGCAAAUAAGAAAACUUCAAUUACCAGUUUCAAGGACAAAUCAAUUAGCACUAGUUUACCUGUCCUAGAUUUGAUAGAUGCAAUUGCACCAAAAGCAGUUCGCCAAGAAAUGGUCAAGAGAGAAAAUCUUUCUUAUGAAGACAAAUUGAAUAAUGCCAAGUAUGCCAUUUCAGUUGCUCGAAAAAUUGGUGCUCGUAUAUAUGCUCUCCCAGAUGAUCUGGUUGAAGUGAAGCCAAAAAUGGUGAUGACAGUGUUUGCAUGUUUGAUGGGAAGAGGACUGAACAAAAUAAAAUAAUGAAGAGAUUUAACACAACUUCCUGUGAUGUUUAAGCAUGACAAAUGCCUCACAGCUUACGGAAUUUCAAAACUUAGUACAAAAUGAGAAAUUGUAUGUACGAAUAUAUUAAUUACAUCCUGAUGUGUUUUUAUGAAAUUGAAUGAAAUUUUAAUACACUGAUUA